AUGGAUUAUGAUAAACAAAUCCUAUCAACAUCCGAUCAAACAGAUUCUAAUAGAACAAACAAAUUAUAUUUACAAUGUAAAGUUUGUGAAAGUGAUGGUGCACAAAUUCAUUAUGGUGGAUUAUGUUGUGUAUCAUGUAAAAUGUUUUUUCGUCGAAAUGCAAAUUUUGAUCUAAAUACACAUCAAUGUGUAUUUAAAGAAAAAUGUGAUAUUACAAUACUUAGUCGACGUGCAUGUCGUUAUUGUCGUUUACAAAAAUGUUUUACAAUUGGAAUGCAAAGAGAAUUAUUACGUGCUUCACAUAAUCGUCGAGGAAUAUUAAAUGAGAAAAUUAUUUCAUCAUCAAAUAUAAUAUCAUCAAUUGAUUUACUUCGUAAUGAUCGUUCAUUAUUAACUGAUGAACAACGAUGUCAUCUAUCAAAUAUAAUUAAUAUAUAUGAUACAAAAUCUCCUGUAAAUCAUAUUCGUCAUUUAUUAUCAUCAGAAUCAAAACAUCCAAUGAAAAUGCGUUUAAAAAUGGCUAAAACAAAUAUUUUAGAAAUAAUUCUAUCAAUGUAUCAAGGUUUACUUCCAUUUAUUGAAACAUUACCGGAAUUUCAAAUAAUGAAACAUUAUGAUCAAUGUGAAUUAAUUGAAAGAAAUCUUUCAUAUGUUGGUGGUUUUAAUGGUAUUAUUGUAUUUCGUGAUGCAGAAGUUCCAAUUAGUACAGCAUUUAAAAAUGGUUUUCCUUCAGUUUAUGGAUCAACAAUUGUAGAUGAUUCUGUAAUUAUUGCUAGACGAACUGAUAAUGAUGUUACAUUAAUAAAAUUAUUAAUACCGAUUUUAUUAUUUUCAACAUCAUGUUAUAUUAAUAUUCCAAGCAAUGUAAACAAUAAUUAUCAAUUGGAUGAAAUUGAAAUGAAUUCAAUUUUUUUCAAUACAAAACGUCUAUUUGAUAUUCAAAAUACCUAUAUUGAAAUAAUGUUUAAAUAUAUGAUAUAUCGAUUUGGUUAUAAUGAAGCUUCAUUACGUUUUGCUGCUCUUAUUAAAAGUUUUCUCGAUCAAAGUAAGUGUAUUUUAAAAGCAGCAGAAGUCGAAUCACAUGAUCAAUUAAUACAGACAAUUGUUAAAGAUACUGAAACAGCAUUACAAUUUCAAAAUGAAUCAAUGGAAUAA